CGCUUUCUUUCCAUUUCGUCCACGUUUUUGCUUCUCUCCCAUGGUAACCGCUUUCAGACUGUUAGAGAGAGAAAACACCUUUCUAGAGAGAGAGAAACCAAUUCACCAUGGAACACACCACUCUUCAGCUCGCAGCCACCACCACCACCACCACCACCACCACAACCUCCGCGCCCUCCCAGCCUCCUCCCGAACCCCCUCCCAACGCCACCGUUUCUUCUCACAGAGUCAGAGAAGAAGGCGAGCUAUUUUCUUCCGACGACGAUGACGAAAACCGUGAUACUGCUGCUGUUCUACCCAUCCCCGAUAGCUCUGUUGUUCAGUCCAUUCAUGAGAGCUCUGUUGUUCAGUCAACUUAUGAGAGCUCUGUUGUUCAGUCCAUUCAUGAAAGCUCUGUUGUUCAGUCCAUCCCUGAUGUUCAAACUAUCCGUACUGCUCAAACUACCAGUACUGUUCAGUCCACCAUUGUUGCACAAACCAUCCCUGCCAUUAAAACUGCCUCUGCCAGAGAGUCUGGCGCAGCUCCAUUGGUGCAAAAGAGUAUCCAGGGCGUUCAGGGUGGCUCCAACAAUCUACUAUUACAGACAAACAAACAAUCAACUUCACAGAAGAGCUUGGUAAAGAAUCAAUUACCCCCCAAAUCUCCUCCAUGGACCGGUCCUGUAGGCAAUGAUAAAAAUCUCGUGAUAAGCUUUUCUGAUGAUGACAGUGGUAGUGACCUUGACACUAAAGGUAAUGCUACCAAGUUGGAUAGCCAUGUAAAGCGUCCAAGCUCAUCCUUGGUGAAAUCAAACAAAUUACAGUUACAGCAAAAUGGUAGAGGUGUGCAGAAGGCAAUGCCCAAGAGAUUCUCUUCUAAUCACACAUUUAUAUUACCAAUGACCAAAAACCGCGGUUCCAUUUCUAAAGGUGUUGGAUCCAUGCCACUGGGACAGGGAUCACGGACUAAAUACUUCAAGCCUGUGAAUAAAAAUGUAAUGAUUCGAGAGCAUGUACGUGAUCAAGGAGUGGUAUCAAAUGACAGUAAACUCCAGGAUUUGCGGCAUCAAAUUGCACUCCGUGAAAGUGAACUUAGGUUGAAGGCAGCCCUACAAACUAAGGAAGCUGCUUCAAUUGUAGGUAGGGAUCAUAAUGUAUCAAAUCUGAAGAAUGACAUAGCUAGAAAAUAUACUCCACCUUCCUCAGAGGCUUUGGAGCCAAGGGAACCGGAUAGGAAACGCUUGAAACUUGGCACAUCGGCUGUUGGUAGUCAGCAAGAAGUUCCUGUUUCAAAAUCCAUAUUACCAUCCAAAGAUUCUGCACGGCAAAAUUGUUAUCAUCAGGAGAGACACCAUGUUGGUCAUAGUCAAAAUGAAAUUCCAUUAUGUAGAGGAAAGCCAACAAUAGUGACAUCAGAGAAGCAACCUGACAAACAUACUGAUAAUUCCUUACAUAAUAUGCCUUUUAGACCAAGAGAAGGUGAUGUUAGUUAUGGUGUCAAUCAGAUUGAAAAGAGUAUUAGGCCUAUUGACCCUUGUAUUGCUCCCAACCAGAGUGCAGUGCCAGAAAAUAUGAACUCCAAUAGCAUGCCAAAGAAUUUAGUAGCCCCAAGCGGUGCAUCUCUUUUGAGCCACAAGGAUAAUGCACAUGUCUCUGAGCAUAACAACAUGGAUUUAGAUUCAAUUUUUGGAAUGGAAGAAUUGAUAGAUAAAGAAUUGGAGGAAGCACAGGAACAUCGGCACAAAUGUGAAAUUGAAGAAAGAAAUGCACUUAAAAUUUAUCUUAAAGCUCAAAGAGCUUUGCUUGAGGCUAAUGCUCGAUGCACCAAUCUUUACCGUAAAAGGGAAUUGUGUUCAGCUAAUCUACGAUCUUUAAUUUUAAAUAAUCCCAGCUUCUCUUGGUCUUCAGGGCAACACCAGGAUCUGGAUUCAGGGCCAGAUUACUUAACCAGGCAUGGAUAUGAAAUACCCACAUCAAGCUGUCAGAGGCCUGCUGAAUAUAAUGAUAAUAAUAAUCCAAGUUUUGACUCUAAUAUUCAAGGUAUGAACCUUGUGGCAGGAGCAAAUUUAGGACCUGAACCUUGUGGUGAACCAGAUGCUAGUACGUCAGAGCCUUUACCUCAAAUGGGUAAUAAUGCCGAAAAUGGAAUUUAUUCUCCUUCUGAUGAAUUGGACACAUCUGGUAAUGAAAAUGGAGAGAUUUCACCAGCUGGAAAUGUGUCAAGUAAUCUUGAUGCUGAAUAUAAUAAAGAACAGGACUCUAAUGGCAAAUUGAUGGACAUAGAUACUACAUCAAAUGCAAACUUUUCUACUGAUUGUCCUCAGGAUUCUUUGCUUCUCGAAGCAACAUUGAGGUCUCAAUUAUUUGCACGUUUAGGGACUAAAGGUAUGAAGACUAGCAUUCCAUCUAACAACACAGUGGCAGCUGCUGAACAUGGGCCUGAAAAUGAGGUUGGAAGCCAGAGAAAUCAAGAACAUCAUGGUGUUGUAGUACAAUCUGGGGUGGAUGAUAAUGAUCUCCAAGGCAUUGAGAGGCAAGAAAGGAGUAUCCAUCUGGAUUCCACUGAGAUUCAAAGUGAGCAAAACAGCGGUGGAAAUUCUUUGGAGUCAAAUGGUAGUGGUGGUUCAGGAGGUCAAGGACAUAUGCCUUGUCAAGGCCACCAUUCAACAAAUGAUAUGACCUUCCCACCUUUGAUUUUUAGGAGUGCAUUUCGUGAGCUGAGAGAAAUAUCUCCAUUCUAUCCUAAUCAAUUCCAGAACAAAAAUGAUUUUAUUCACACUAAUGAUAGUGAAAAUAGGCGUAUUACAUGCCUCGGUUAUGAUGAAAUGAAGUGGAGCAAUUUGUUAGAAGUCUCAGUGCCUGUCACUGUUGGGAAUUUACUCUCAGAAGAAAGCUCUUAUAGCUGCAGUUCUGCAGUUGAUCCAUUUUGGCCACUUUGCAUGUAUGAACUUCGUGGAAAAUGCAACAAUGACGAGUGUCCUUGGCAGCAUGUUAAGGACUAUGAUGAUGGAAACCUUCAUCAGGAGCAACACAUUAAUUCCAAUAAUCCAGGUAGAUUACCAUUGCAUCAACAAAACUGUAAUGGUGUGACAAAAGUUCCAAAUGGUCACAAAGCUACAGUCCUGCCAACUUAUCUUGUUGGCUUAGAUGUUCUGAAAGCAGAUCAAUUUGCCUAUAAAGCUGUUAUGGCGCAUAGAAGUUCCCAAUACUGGCAGAAGCAUUUCAGUUUUACUUUGGCUACUUCGAAUAUGCUACGGAAUGGUAUACCUGCUGAUGCUCCAUUAUUGCAUGGUGGUGAUGAACGAAUAGAGGUCCAUGACCCUUGGAACAACUAUUUAUCAUCUUUUCAGUGGAGAACUGGAGCCCGGAAUCAAAUUAAGCAGGCCAUGGCUGAUAGUGAACAAGCUGUUGAGAUGGCUGCUCUUAUUCUAAACCAGGAAACUAAUAAAUUGCAUGGUGUAAGAAAGGCUCUGUCUAUACUAUCAAAAGCGCUGGAAACUGAUCCAAAAUCUUUGGUUCUGUGGAUUGUUUAUCUGCUCAUUUACUAUGGAAAUUUCAACCCAGAUGAAAAGAAUGACAUGUUCUUCUAUGCGGUCAAACACUGUGAAGGAUGUUAUGUACUAUGGCUCAUGUACAUUAACAGUCAGAGGAAGCUUGAUGAUCGGCUUGCUGCCUAUGAUGCUGCUCUGUCAGAGCUCUGUCAGCAUGCUUCUGCUGCUGUGGAGGAUAGAGCACAUGAAAGUGCAUGCAUCUUAGACCUGUUUUUGCAAAUGUUGGAUUGCUUAUGCAUGUCAGGAAAUAUUGAGAAAGCCAUUCACAGAAGUUAUGGAAUAAUCCCUACUACAACUAAAUCUGAUGAGCCUAAUCAUCUGUCACUCUCAGAUAUACUCAAUUGUUUAACAAUUUCUGACAAAUGUGUAUUCUGGGUUUGUUGUGUUUACUUAGUUAUUUACAGGAAACUGCCUGAUGCUGUAGUACUGAAGUUCGAAUGUGAGAAGGAUCUCCUUGAUAUUGAAUGGCCCUUUAUCCGUUUAUCUGAAGAUGAUAAGGAGAUGGCUAUUAAACUUGUGGAAACUGCUGUUGAGUCCGUUGAUUCCCAUCUCUGUAGUGAAUCAGUCAAAAGUGAUGCUAAUCUCAGGGCUGCUCAACUUUUUGCUCUUAAUCAUAUUAGAUGUAUGGUUGCACUUGAUAACCUUGAAUCCUCAAGAGAUUUGUUUGAUAAAUACAUGAAGUUGUACCCUUCCUGCAUAGAACUGGUUCUGCUAUUGGCUCGUAUACAGAAACAGGAGAGCAAUGUUGCCAAUUUCACAGGUUUUGAGGAAGCCAUUAGCAUAUGGCCAAAUGAAGUUCCUGGAAUCAGUUGCAUCUGGAAUCAGUAUGUUGAAAAUGCUCUCCAAAAUCAAAGAAUUGAUUUUGCAAAAGAAAUUAUAUCCCGUUGGUUCCACUCUGUCUGGAAAGUUCAGGAACUCUCAAAUGGAGAAACGGAUGCCAGCAGUCAUGGCAAUUCUUGUGGCUCUUUGGGAUUGAAUUCAAAACCUGCUUCAGAUACAUUGAUUUCUGAUCACAAAAGUAUGGAUAUGAUGUUUGGAUUUCUUAAUCUGUCACUCUAUUAUUUUUUUCAGAAUGAUGCGACAGAAGCAUGCCUAGCAGUUGAUAAAGCUAAGAAUAUUGCGGCUUUUGGAGGCCUAGAACACAGCAUGAGAAAACAUGUGAUGUUUCUGCUUUGUGAUGCAUUGAGCUUAAAGGAGGAUGGUCCUAAUGAUGCUAUAAAGAAGAUUUUAGAGGUUUAUAUGGAUCCUACGACUCAGGCACUUCUAGUCCCUAAAGUGUUAACAAGGAAAUUUUUUGACAGCAUCAAGAAGCCAAGAGUGCAGCAUCUAAUAAACAAUAUACUAACUCCAGUUUCAUUUGAUUGCGCUCUGCUAAAUUUUAUUGCUCAAUCGUGGUUUGGUUCAUCUCAUUUACCCCGAAUGGUCAGUGACCCAAAAUACCUGGUUGAUUUUGUUGAAGCCAUUAUGGAGGUAGUUCCAUCCAACUUUCAAUUAGCAAUUAUUGUCUGCAAGCUAUUAAGCAACAGUCACAAUAAUUCUGAUGUAAGUUCAGCCAGUCUGUGGUUUUGGGCUUGUUCGAACCUUGUAAAUGCAAUUUUGAGUUCCGUCCCAAUACCACCAGAAUAUGUUUGGGUCAAAGCUGGGGGUUUCUUACAGAAUCCCGUGGGCAUUGAGGCAGUCUCUCAAAGAUUUUUUGGAAGGGCGCUCUCAGUCUAUCCAUAUUCUAUUGAGUUGUGGAAAUGUUUCUAUAAGCUAAACAAGACCAUUGGAGUAGCAAAUGAUGUUGUGGAAGCAGCAAAAGAAAGGGGUAUUAGUAUUGAACUUGAUUGACUUCUGGUUUAGUAACCGAAUAACUGGAUGUGGUUGAUAUGAUCAAACAUAUUUGCUUGUGGAAACUUCAAGGGAGCAGUUUUGCAUUUCUAAGAGGAAGACCUCAAAAUGUAGAUGAUUUUUGGUUCAUACGUUGAAUUUUUCAGAGUUUUAAGCAGUUCUAGAUUCUGACAACACAAUGCACUAGGUUGAAUAUUGAGCGUGUGUUGAUAUUGUACAGAGAAGUGAAUUGGAGUGGCGAGUUGGCAAUAUCCAGUGACUUGUUAGGAUUUUUACCAUUUUACUUUAUUUGCCCUGUGUGCUUGAACUGAUUUCAGAGUUCCAUCCCCAUCAUGGUUCCUUUCCUUCCUUCAUUGUCCCCUUCCCCCCUCACACAAACACAUACACACACACACAUACACACACGACACAAAUGAAAAAGGAAAAAGCUGUAACACUUAAUAGCCUUUACACCAAAUUAUUAUUGUGAUGUCAUGUCUUUGACAUUGUAACUUCGUAGAUUGUUAUAUUGAUUGAAUGAAAGAUAAUAUUUUUCCUAGA